AUGGUUUCAAAGAACCACUUUCAAAGCAACGAUCAAGACAUCUUGUGUGCUCUGGCAGAUGUGGUUUUCAGUCAGAAACCAUCAGAAGGAAGUAUCGCUUUGGUCUCUUCGUUCUAUUGUUUAGAUAUUGCAAUCCUAGAAGCCGAGUUGCAGAUAUUUCGUAACAUUCUGUCUGAUAACCCUGUUUCACAUCAAAUCAGGAAAGCAGCAACCUUGGUGAAGAUCCUAUACGAAAAUGGACUCCAUAUAGUCCUACCAGUCUUCUAUAAAGCAAGUUCCAUCUUGGCAACAAUCCCAGCUACGUCAUGUUCUGCAGAAAGAUCUUUCAGUGGAUUACGAAGGGUGAAGACGUACCUUCGUUCAAUGAUGGAUCAAGAACGCCUAAGUAGCAUUUCUCUUCUCUGUAUGGAAUGA